AUGAGUUCACUCGACAAGCCCAUUGCCCCGAACUCGACCCUCGCAACGACAGCAAGCUCAAACCAGAGCGGGUCUAACGACUUUGUCAAGAAGCUAUUUUUGAUGUUGCAGGAAGACGACUACAAGGACGUUGUUAGAUGGACGCAGAGUGGUGAUAGCUUUGUUGUCAUAAAUACAAACAAGUUCACCAAAGAUAUACUACCACGCCAUUUCAAACAUUCCAAUUUUGCAAGUUUUGUACGACAGUUGAACAAGUAUGACUUUCAUAAAGUGAAGAUCCCCAACGAGGCGAAACUGACGUAUCCGUACGGCGAAGAUGCUUGGGAGUUUAAGCAUCCGGAUUUCAAAAUGAAUGAUCGCGUCUCCUUGGAAAACAUCAAGCGAAAGGGUCCUUCGAGUAAAAAGUUUACCCGACAAGUUCCUAACGGGAACAAGACUAGUUCAAGAGCCAACGCAGCAGGUAUCAUCAAGCACGAAGAACUGAGAGAGGCCAGUGAAAGCGGAGCAAAGGGUGCAAGCGCAGCAGAAGCGGCUGACGAAAUUGAUGUCGGGUACUACAAUGAGCGCAUUAGUCAACUUAAUUCUGGUCAAAACAAGUUGAGAGAUCAGAUAAAUCAGGUCAAAGAUGCAAACCAAAUGUUGAAUCAAGAGAUAAACAUAUUGCAAAGAAAAUAUCAGACACUAGUUGAACACAUUGUAUCCAUAAACUCAUUCAAUGAGAGAUAUUACCGAUCAAUUGGUGUGUUGGUUAAUUCCUUAGCACAAGCAGGCAUCAAACUCCCGCCCUUGGAUUUCCCGCUCCCUAAUACGGGUCCAUUCCAGUUGCAAGAACCAAACUCGAGCUCCUCGUCAUUUCCAUUGACGCUGAGUUCCAUGCCGGCCUCGACUCUACCUAGUAUAUCGCAACAUUUACAGCUGCAAUCACCUCGAGUCAACAAUUUACUGUCGCCAUUGGUCCCAUCUGCCCAAACAGGGUCCCCGCGGUUGCCAAUACUUCAAGCAACUCCAGCGGCAAAUGCACAGACGUCCUUACUCCAUCAGAAUAAUCGCACCUUAUCCAUACCUGGGGGCAGACCUGCGCCAACUUCCUUUGCGGCAACAAGUCCCAUAAGUGGAUUGGCCUCUUUGAGCCGACUGCUGUCCAUUCAUCAACUUUCACAACCUUCGUUCCCUAUAGAUAAGUUUCCAACGGAAGCAGCAGAGGCAAGCGCUGCAUCCACUCUGCGCAAGCAAAGUGGGGGUGAUAACAGCAAUCAAAACUCGCCAGCCAGCGAUGGCAAUGCUCUCAGUGGUAAGCGUCAGCGUCAGGGCCAGAGCUCAAUUGAUGGCACAAACAAUAAUCAUCCUCCUACAUCCGGUGAUUUUGUUCAACCGUCUCCAUCCAAUAAACCGUUAUCUCCAAUGACGAGCACAUCUGCUUCCCCCAGUGGUACCGUCCUUCCACAAAUCAUCACCACAUCCAUCCCUAACCCCAAAUUUCAUGUUCUUUUGGUUGAGGAUGACAACGUGUGUAUUCAGUUGUGCAGAAAAUUUUUGGUCAAGUAUGGGUGCCAAGUCACUGUUGUAACAGAUGGCCUCAAUGCGAUAUCCACCGUGGAAAGCACCAAAUACGACUUGGUUUUGAUGGAUAUUGUUAUGCCUAAUUUAGAUGGAGCCACAGCAACUAGCGUGAUUCGAUCAUUUGAUACCAGGACCCCAAUUAUUGCCAUGACGGGUAACAUUGAAGACAACGAUUUGGUUACAUAUUUGCAAAAUGGAAUGAGUGACAUCUUGGCCAAGCCAUUCACGAAGGACGACUUGUACUCGAUCCUAGCGAAACACUUACUAAAAGAGGAGAAAAGCGACGAAGAGCCUACAAGUAAAAAGCAGAGAGUAGAAUAA